AUGCCGUUGAUGGUCAGAAUUGGCCGCUUGAAAAAACACGAAUCUUAGUUUUUAUUAUCCAUUGGAAGCUUCUUAAGCUUCUGAAGGUACCACCUUUACUCGAAGACUCUAUAUUGGAAUAUUUUCAUUUUUUUUUUUGUAAUUAGAAACAACUUUUUUUAUUUAUUAAUUGACAGGAGAGAUGUAUUCAAAGGCCACACUCAACAAUCUUUUGAUUUGCUUCGAUUCCUCAGAUGUAAUGAAGAACUAACAAUCUCUAAUCAACUAGGAACUUUAUGAUCGAUGAUAACGAUAAAAUCUCAGAAAUAUUAAGAUUUCUGAGAAAAUACCCAAAAUUUCAGAUAAAGGUGCAGCAAAUUGUUUUUCGCAACUUUUGAGACAUCUAAAUGAGAAGUUGCGAAGAAAAAUGAAUAGAGGCGGCCCUCGGGGGAACUGUCUGUCACUCAAAAGCUUUUCGUUCAGCCGUCCUUGCCUUUUUCGGUUCCUUGCUCAGUUAUGAUGAUGAGUUUGCUGAUUGUACUCGAUAUUUCGCCUUGAGCAACUCAUAUAUUUUUAUUGCUUUUUCUGCCGGGUUUCUUUUUUUUUUGGAUGAUGCACACAUUUGCGAUACUCUCAGUCUUUUUGGUUGAAUGUUUCAUUUUUCUAGGCUCGAACUACUUUGUUCGUCUAAAAAAAAAAAACUAUUUUUGGGUUGCUUUCAAAAUUAGCGCUCAUUUUCUCAUUUGGAUUAUUCUGAGCUGUCAGGUAAUUACAACAACUAUUUCAAAAUAAUGAGCAGGUCGGGAAAAGAAAGAUAUUUUCAGAUGUGACCUCCAUUUUAUACUCUGCUGUCUUCCUUCUUGUUUUCGGAGAUAUAUGAAGCCAUAUCCGGACAUAUUGCGCCCUUUCCUCGUCUUGAAGUUCAUCAGUAGUUCUCCAGUUUCCGACUCUUUUUGGAGCUUUUGAAUACAGAAAAAUCGAUUUUGAUGAGGCUUUAUUUUUUUAUGUAUUUUUUUAACUUAUUUAAAGCUUCUAAAAAAAUUCAUAUUUGCGUGCAAAUGGCUAGGUUCUGAGCAUUUAUCCCCCCACAUUUCAAAAAUCUAGACUUGUCCACUGUAGUCUUUUUGAGAGUAUUUUCAGUUAUCUGUCCAGAAAAUGGUAAUUCACUUUUUUUAAGUUUUUAGCUUCAGGAAACCUCAGAAUUCAUUCUUGAAUGAGUAUUGCUAAUCAAUACGUAAGGAGAAUUUUUUCUCACAUUUCCACCUCUUAGGACAAAAAAGCGCGCAAAUGGCUUUGUAAUGAAUGCAACCCACCUGUUGGACGGAUUCACAUCUCUGACUAUUUCCCAGCCUCUGUCGGAAUCCACAUUUUCGCUUCGAAAAUCGGAAACGCUGUAACAAUACACUAUCGACUCGGGUCGAUGCUUCGGCUAGCCCAGCAGCAGUCGAUUUUUGAGAGCUUCUCAUAGUUAGUAGAACGCUGAAUAUUUAGUACGCGGGAAAUACACUGAAACCGAGAAAAAAAACGUCUUUGAAUUACGCAGAGUUGAACCUGGUGUGCACUAAAACUCUUUUUAUUAUUGAUGAAGAAUAAAUAAGGAUUCCCCAUGCUCUUAUUAGCGCCAGCAGAGAAAAUAAGCCUUUUAUGAAUGGCCGAACAAUUAUUUCAAGUCUGCGAACGUCCCCAGGACGAUUUGUGUAUACGCAGCCGCAACGUUUUAAUCCUGUAAUUCUUCUUUUCUAAGCCCCGCUCUGCUUGCGUAUUUUUGGCUUAAAUCGUCCAUAUAUGCGAUUUCGAUAGGUUUCGGUUUCAGACUAUUUCUUGAAGUAUUCUCUUUCAUCUACAGAAAUUCUAAGGAACUGCAACCUAUUGAUGGAGAAACCUCAUUGAAGUUUUCAAUGCACUUUUUUUUCAAUUAUUGGUCCUCAUAUGAAUUUUCUUCUGCACCUGUUAAAGUCCACUGCCAAAAAAAGCCAACGAAAGUUUUAAUAACGCUGAAUGUCUUUGUUGAAGCGUUGCCAAAGCAUGCGUGAUGACAACAAGGACAAGCCCAAAAGAUGUUCAAAGUGGCUGCUUUUCUUUGGAGUUUUGCAAUAAUUGAUGCUGUUGAGCUUUCGAAACAAUCGCCAGCCCUUGUUCCCAACAAAGGCUUUGUCGCAUGCUCGCUGGGUGCCACCAUUCAAAAUUUUGAGGUUCGCGGGCUUUUGAAAAGCCUCGCUUCCUACCACGCCUGUCUAAGUGCUCAAAAGAGUCUUUCUAUGAAUUCAUUUUUUUCCCUUUUCACUUUUUUGCUGCUAUAAAACAAUGAUUCAGCGGACCAAUGAUUAUCUUGCUAAUUGAGUGAAAAAAAGCUAACUGAGUAGUCCUUGUUGUGCACUUCAAAUCAAGAGUUACGCUCAAAAAACUUCCUCAAAGAUGUCUAGUCUUUUUCAGGCGCUUGUUUUGAGAUUCUUUUUUAAAGAAUCUAGAAAUAUAACUCAGUUUAAAGUUUGUUGAACAGUCAAAAAAGCUGGGCUUUGAAUCUAUGAAAAUUUUUUAUGCACACUACACUGACUCUCAUUAGUGAUAAAUCAACACAUGUUUUACAGGCCUUCGAAUCUUUCAAAAAAGCCUAACUUUGUUUCUGAACACAUGAGUUUGCCAGCAGUGGAUGACUCGGACCGAAGUCUGGAGGCAAAAAAUGUUGAUGCGUCUGGCUUGUCACCGAGCCAGAUGUCGAACGUUGGCUGGCGGCCAUUGCGUAUUCCGAAGCGACUUCUUCUGCCUCGACUGGUCUUCUUAA